AUGCUCAUCUCAUCUCAAUACUCAUCUCAAUACUCAUCUCAAUACUCAUCUCAGUCCUCAUCCCACUCAUCUCUCUACAGUGCAGGUGCAUCUCGUUUGAAAUCGACUAAAUCGACAAUGUCUCUCCCAUUGACGGCAGUAAUCGCCGAGUUGAAGCUGACGCCGAGCAGCAUAAUUCCUAUUCUUCAAGCCCUUCAUGCUGAAAAUGCAGCAAUCUCGCUCAUCUCCAAAGUUGACUUGAAGCACUUGACUAGUCGAAGCGUAGGCCUUCUCAAAAAACAUGAACCGUAUUCAAUGUGGUGCGGAGCCAACAUCAUCAAUGUCCUCAUUGAGAACUCUGUCGUUUUGUCCUCUGAGGGUUCUCUCUUUUUCUCCAGUCUCUUGAAGGCUGGGUCAGCUCCAGAAGCCAGAGACCCAAAAAUCUUCCGCUCGAUAGUCGAGUGUUUGAACAAACUUUGUAAGAAUAUUCGUGGAAAACCAACUCUUACCCGUGAAGUCCUUACACCCAACUUGGGACCACUUUUGGCUGCGUACUUGGACAGAAUGCUUGAAAGUCCCGAAUUGAUGGUGUCUUCACUUGCAACAUUGAUCCGCGAGCACCCUACAACCUCACGUCCAUAUGGAAAUAAGAUCAAAGCCAAGCUCCUCGAGGUAAUCUCCAAUGAAUCGUUCAUGAGCUUCCCAAAGAGCUUGCGUGCAUCUGUAUGCUCGCUUUUGGCCUCCUUGACGAUCAUCGAGAAGGAUGGACCGGAGAAAUUCUGGGCCCAAGAUGUCAACCGUAUUCUCAGUAAUUUGGCUAGAACUUUGAACAUCUACUCUAGUUUCCUUUCUCUCUCUGAGGAUGACGAUCUUUCGCGCGUGCUUAAGACUCUUGAAGCUCUUGACGACACAGAAAUCUUUUCUGGUCUUCAAAUCGACAUCAACAAGCCAAUGAGUAUUCUUUCAAUUUCUACUCGUAUCGCUCUUCUAUUCGAAUUGUUGAAGGGGUACCUUCUUCUGCCCACAUCGUUCGCUGUAGUGGUCCCAAUGGGAUCAGUGAUUGGCAUUCUUGACCUGGCAUUCUCCAUAAACACCCGUUUUGUACAGUUCAAGAGGGAAUUGAGGGACGUUUCCGCCAAAGAAUUCGUCAAUAUCUCUCUUGAACGGGUGCACCAAUCAGCACUCCAUGUUUUGGGCUCUUUGCCUGGCCAAUACUCGGUGUCGCUCAUUCCUCACAUGUCCAAUAUCUUAGCCAGCUUGGAGCUGCUUAUCUUCCUCCAAAAGAACCGCAUUGAUGGUGAGAAGGUUUUGGCCAACGAGGAUCUCUCGUGUUCGAUUGUAUCUACGACAUCCAAAUACCUCAAGCUAUGCUCCUAUUUGAAGGACUUUUCCCAGAUCAGUCGUAUUGUCGACCUUGCUUUGUUUCUCGUGGAACCCCGAGCUGCGCCAAGCGAGCCAUCAUCCAGCGCUAAGAAUGCUGCUUCUUCUACACAUUCUAAGUCUGCUAGAAAAAACGCUAAAAAAGGAGGCGCUGUGGCACUUGCAGACCUUCUUGCACAUGAGCAUCUUUUCCAACGAAACGUUCCAUCUCUGACUCGUCAAGUUGUACUUCAGUUCCUUCAAAACGUAAUCGAAAAGACCCCCGUGGCCCCAACACAAUACAACAAACUCAGCAAGUUUAUCGUUUCUGAUGCGGUGCUGCACAAAUCAAAGUCCAAGUAUGGAAUUGUUCCUACCGAAGUUAACGAUGUGCUUGUUGCUUCGCUGUUGCAUCCUGGAGCAAAUUCUGCUUCUAUUUACCCAAUCGCAAACUCUGUGACCAACUCAACUAAGUUGUCACUCGUGCAAAACCCUCGCUUCCCGCCGCUUCCUAUCGUCCAAAGAAAUGCUGGACCAGUCAAUGAGGACCUGGACUCUCAAGAUGAUUACCUUGAGCCAGCCUCAAAAAAGCAGAAAAUAGUCAGCGUGGUUACUCAAUUUGAUGCGCCAAAGGUGAGUCAAGAGACUCAGACUACGUUCGAGGCGCCAGAGCAUCUCAUCUUCAAAGAAGUCACAGUGAAUACAUCCGAUACCAAAGAUGAAGUAGUUGUUGAAGAGAUGGUUGUUGAUGCUCAGGUUGAGGUUGAACAGCCUCAAGUAGAAAUUGCUCAACCACAAGUCGAGAUUGAUGACGAUGAGUCCGAGGGUGGAUCUGAGAUCGAGAUUCCAGAGCUAGACAUGGAUAGUGACUCAGGAGAUGAAAAGUAA